AUGGGCGGCCAAGUCUCGAAGCUCAUGGGCAAGAUCUUUGGAUCGAAGGAGAUGAGGCUGCUCAUGCUUGGGUUGGAUGCUGCCGGGAAGACAACCAUUCUUUAUAAGCUCAAGCUAAACCAGGACGUCACCACCAUCCCGACCGUCGGCUUCAACGUCGAGACCGUGACAUACAAGAAUGUCAAAUUCAACGUGUGGGAUGUUGGUGGUCAGGACAAAAUCAGACCAUUGUGGAGACAUUAUUUCUCAGAAGAACCCCGUGCAGGCACACAAGGACUGAUUUUUGUUAUUGACUCAAAUGACCGUGCCCGUAUCGAUGAAGCCCGUCAGGAACUACACAGAAUCAUCCUUGACCGCGAAAUGAAGGAGGCCCUCCUAUUAGUCUUUGCCAAUAAACAAGAUAUCCCCGGAGGUACGGACCACUCUCCUGCCCACUCUCUCUCCCUCGUCCCCCCUCUGCGUUUUUCUUCUAUCUACAGCCAGCUAACGGCAUACUUCAAAUUAUAG